AUGAUAAUUGGCGUUCGUCUUUUCUCUUGGUUACUGGGCCUUGCCUUGCCUUGCCUUUCUGCCUCGGCUUGGCUUGGCUCGGCUUGGCCUAGUAGGGACCUGAAUUUGGCAGUGUCGGUUUUACUUGUUACACUCGUUUACUGGGUUCUGAGCGUUUCACAACGGGAGACGCAUCAUGAGGCGAGGCGUUUGUUAUCAGCGGUUUCCAACAAAUGUUUGGGGAGUAUGAUGUUUUUUGGUUGCUUUUUUGGUUUCCGAGAUACCACAUUCGUAUCGUUUUUCUGUCCGUCUGCCAGGCUGGAUAAGGGCAAAACGUAG